GUUUUACUCAGAGAUGAUCCUGCAGCUGAGGGGAGCAGAACCCCGCGGUACAGAAGAUCCAGAGCCCGGCUCCUGCUGAUAAAUCGAGCGGGUAAACAGAGCAGAAUCAGUAGAGCUGCGCUAAAAGCAGAUAAACUCGAUGGCGACUCAGUGUGUAGUGAAGGUUGAGCUCACCAUUUCCUGCAAAAACCUCCUGGAUAAAGAUGUGGGCUCCAAAUCCGACCCGCUGUGUGUUCUCCUGCAGAGUACGGGUAACGACCAGUGGACGGAGGUGGAUCGUACAGAGAGAGUGAAGAACUGUCAGGAUCCUGAGUUCUCUAAGAGGCUGUGCGUCGAUUAUCAUUUUGAGAAGGUGCAGAAGCUGAAGCUGGGCGUCUACGACAUCGACAACAAGUCUGUAGACCUGAAGGAUGAUGACUACCUGGGAGGAUUUGAGUGCACUCUUGGCCAGAUUGUCUCCACUAAGAAGGUUACAAACCCUCUCGAACUCAAGAAAGGGAAACCAGCUGGUAAAGGCACCAUAACGAUCGUAGCUGAUGAAGUGAAGGAUAAUAGGGCUAUUGUUCUGGAGGUGGAGGCCAGAAACCUGGACAAGAAGGACAUGUUUGGUAAAUCAGAUCCGUUCCUGGAGUUCUUUAAGCAGGCUGAUGAUGGGAGCUGGACUCUGGUCCACAGAACAGAGGUCAUUAAGAAUAAUCUGAAUCCCUCCUGGAAGAAGUUCACAGUUUCUGUGGGGACGUUCUGUAAUGCAGAUUUCAACAAACCGCUUAAGGUCCACUGCUCUGAUUACGAUAGCGACGGCUCUCACGAUCUGAUUGGCAUUUUCCAAACUAACGUGGUCGAGCUUCUGAAAGCAGACAGUGGAUCAGGGGUGGAGUUCGACUGUAUUGAUCCUGAGAAACAGAAAAAGAAGAAGAGCUAUAAGAACUCGGGUGUGGUACGCAUCAAAAACUGCAAGAUCGAGGCUCAGUACACGUUCCUGGAUUACGUGAUGGGAGGCUGCCAGAUUAAUUUCACGGUAGGGAUAGAUUUUACGGGCUCUAAUGGAGAUCCUCGCUCCCCUGAGUCUCUGCAUUACCUCAGUCCUGACGGGACCAAUCAGUACCUCAACGCUAUCUGGUCUGUGGGUCAGGUGAUCAAGGAUUAUGACACGGAUAAACUCUUCCCUGCUUUUGGAUUCGGUGCUCAGGUGCCUCCAGAUUUCAAGGUGUCGCACGAGUUUGCUCUGAACUUCAACCCCAACAGCCCUUACUGCCAAGGUAUAGAGGGAAUCGUGCAGGCGUAUCGCGCGGCUCUGCCGCAGGUUCGGCUCUACGGUCCGACCAAUUUCUCCCCCAUCAUUAAUCACGUGGCUCGAAUCGCUGCAGGAGCAGCGCAGCAGUCUAACGCUGCACAAUAUUUCGUGCUGUUGAUCAUCACUGACGGGGAGAUCACGGAUCUGGACCAGACGAAACAGGCCAUAGUGAACAGCUCCAAGCUGCCCAUGUCCAUCAUCAUCGUGGGCGUGGGAGAAGCUGAUUUUAAGGCGAUGGAGGUUCUGGAUGGUGAUAACGGUGUGCUGAAAGCUCCCUCCGGAGAACCGGUGUCCAGAGACAUCGUCCAGUUCGUUCCUUUCAAAAGCUUCGCCAGCGCUCCUAGAGAAGCUCUGGCUCAGACAGUUCUAGCUGAGGUUCCCGGUCAGCUGGUUUCCUACUUUAAGAUGAGAAACAUCAUCCCGGUUAAUCCUCCUGCUCCCAGUAAAUAGAGGGAGAUUCAUCACCGGGACACGAGGGAGAAACGCUUAUUAAGAUUUUUACUGUUGCCUAUAUAUUUCAGAUUACGCCAGUUAUGCAUGCCAACAUAACCUUAAAGUUUAGGGGCCAUAUUUUUAUAAAUAUAUCAGUUUAUUUUAUCUGACUGUGUUUGUGUUUACCAAUCCUCUGCUUUAUCUUUGCUUCUCAAAAGCAUGCCUGGGUGUUUUUCUGAGUCAAAAUGAUUAUUUUUGUUAUUUUUGGAUUUUUCAGUGCAGUUUACAGUAAUUCUACAGUAAUUCUACAGUAAUUCUACAGUAACUGGAGAAGUUAAAUUUCAAUCCAAAUGAUUAAAUCAUCCACAUUCCAUUAAACACCUAUAAUCUCUAUAAAAUAAUGCUCUAAUCUAUAAUCUAUAAUUCAUAUGUUACUCUUUACAGUAAGUGUACAUUAAUUAACAGUACUAAUUAACCAACAGGUCUCAAUUCAGUAUUAUUAUUAUUUACUACAUUUGUAAACAUUAAAAUUUUUAGUAAUGUUUAAUAAUUUCUUAACUAGAGUUAAUAAAUAUUCAUAAGUUGAGACAUUAUUUAUGGAAAUAUUUUACAUAUUUUUCUUAUUCACUGUUAUCAGUACUGUUAAAUGAUGCACAUAUAUUGUAAAGUGAGGCCCCGCCCACACACACAUAUAUCAGGAUAUUUUUUUUAUAAAAGUUAUUUUUGUGUUUUCUGUCUUCUCAGUUCAGAGAAACACUUUAUUUUUAGGUCACUGAAAACUAGAAGUGUUUUGUAAAUGUUGUUUAUCAAAGCGAUAACAAUAACACAAUAACUACGACACAUGUUUCUGAUUAAAAACUUUGAUAGAGCGAUAGAACAUCUCAAAAUAACUAAACCUAUCUUUUAUUUCUGUGAAAGUGAUUUCGAGAUGGUGGCGUUUCCCUCAAUAAUGCGUUUUUUUUUCUCACAGGUGAUCACAGUAUCACAAUAUUAUCACGAAACAAGAUUGUCACAAUACAAUGUAUCAUGUAAUGUUAUCACAAUACGAUAUUAUUGCAGUAAGGUAAUGUGAUACAAUGUUAUUGCAGUGUGAUAUUAUCACAAUAUGAUUUGCAAUGCAAUAUCGCAAUGUGAAAUUACGAUAACGAUAUUACAAUACGAGAUUAUCGCAGUACAAUAUCAUGAUAGCGAAAUCACAAUACAGUUCUCUACGAUACUUCACACCAUCUGUGUUUCUGAAGAGGAUAAAAUACUCCUAAAUAAUCAAAUACAAGCAAAUAUGGAUUUAUUGGUGUUUCAGAUUCACACAAUUUUACAACCGAUAUUCUUCACCACAGAUUUAUUAACCCUGUUAAUUAGAUUAUAGCGCCACCAAGUGAAAAAAGAAGCGACUAUGUUUCAAUAAAUAUAUAACAAUAUUUGACUGUAUGUAUGGAUAUUGAUAAGUAUCGCAAAUGAAAGCCUAUCGAUAUGAUAUAUUGCGAUAAUUGAAUUUUGAGUGUAAAAAUCUGUGCUGUAUUUAGGUCUGUUUUGGACGUUACACUUUAUGUUGAGGACUUUGUGUUAGCUCCUCCGCUGGGAUAGCGUGCAUGCUGAUGAGUGUUUUAGAGCUCUUUAGAGUUUUUGUCUGCUUUGUCGUGUUAAUCGAGAGAUUUUCAGAAACGCUGCUUUAGGAAUGAUUUUUUCCCAAAAAAAAUCUCCAGAUGUGUGUAAAGGGGGGCAGAAUUUGAGCCACUAUAUUAGCCUGUUACACAUCUGCACCCACAAAGCCAUUUAUUUACACAUUAUCAGUAUUCACAAUCACUUCCAGCCUUUUACUGUCAGAAAUACAGCGCGUUUUAUCUGUGUAGCUUUAGACAAUUAAUUCCAUGUUUAAUUUCUAUUGCAGUUUUGCUCUUUUGCAGUUGGAUUAUUGUGAAAAUCAAUAACUUUCUGAUUAAUAGAAGAUUUUUUACACAAAUCACCAAAAUCCCACCUAAAGUAAGAGAAUAAUCUAAAUCUAAAACUAGUGUACUGAGUGUACGGACAGAUCAUCCACUGUGAUUCAGGUCUGAUUUUCUCUAUAAAAUUGUGUAAAAAAAAAAAAAAAAGUGUACAAGUUUGUUAGACGCAAAAUAUAUCUAUUUAACUCGCAUUUCUUUCUUUCUUUCUUUCGCACUUUGUAGUCGUGAUGAGCGUAAUAUAGUUAUGCUAUCUGCACUAGCUAUCUAUAGUGAAUAGGUUCAAUUUAAAGAUCAUGCUUUAUGAAUGCCUUAUAGAAAAAUAAUGCAGUUAUUUUUUUGGAAUGGAAUUAACAGCCACUUUAUUUUUGUAUUGUUCGAUUGCAACAAAAGAAUAAUGAAAAGAUUUAAAAUGCUUAAAUUGUUUACGUAACUAGACAAUCCUAAAUUAUGUAGGUAUGCUGGAUAUAAUAGAAAUAGGUCUGUCACAAUAAUGUUAGAUAAUUGUGAUAUCGUCUAUUGUGUUUGUUUGUAUGUUUGUUCACAUGAAUAACAGUGAACAGUAUUUUAGUCAGUCAUGCUUCAAUAACUCUGACUACAUACACACUGUGUGGACUAAAGUAGGUGAAGAAAUAAGUAUAUAAUUCCCAAACUAAUUAUAAUAAAUGAUUAAUUCUUGAAAAAGUGUAUUAUUACUUCUUUAUGCUGUUCUGUUAUCAUUUUAUCAAUUGCAUUUAUUAUUCUUAAAAUUACAAGAAUAUCGUGUAUCUCAAUAAUUUCUGGGACAAUAUAUCGUCCACAGAACAUUUUUAUUGUGACAGGCCUAAAUAUAAUAUAUGUGUGGGAUUGCACUCUUACUUAAUGAAUGUUUGUUAAACUUUAUGCAAACUAACAGCACAUUGAUUGAUGCACAUCACGUAAGUUGCCAAAUAUGCAGCCGUCUGCUUUUUUUAUGCCUUAUUAUUAAAGAUCAGUGUGUCAAAAAGUUUAAAUGCAGGAUAUUAACACUUUAAUGAUCACAGUAAGCCUUAUGGGACCAUAGCAGAGGGCUAAUGAUAUAUUCAUUUUUUUAUUUCUGUAGAAGGGAAGUUUUGUUCAGGCUGAAUUUAUACCACUGCUGAAUUAUAGAGCAGCUUUUCCUUCUUUUUCACAUCGAUUUAUUCUUUAUCUGAUUGAUUUUUCUCAUUUCCUGACUCUCAUGUUCUCAGGCAUGUUCCCUUUAUUUUUUCAAGUAAAAAUAAAACAUCGACUCUGUUGAACCUUUA